CAGAGUGCACCUGGGACAGGUAAGCAGGCAGUUUGGCCCGGGGGCCCAGCACCCGGUGAAGCCCACUGUCCUGCACCUGAGGCCGACCCCCCGAAGUGUGCGCCUUGGGAGCAGGAGCCAGAACCGGAAGGGAGAGAGAGCCAGAGCCCAAGUCUGUUCUCCAUCAUGCAGGGUUCUGAGGAUGAAAUUCACAUUGUUCUAGAGACAAACAGUUUCCCCUUGAUGGAAUUUGGAUACUUCCAGGCCACAGACACCUGGGACUUUAUUCUUGUGUCUGACCUUCAGAAGACAAAUAUUAAACGGGACUAUCGUCGGCAGAGAUUCAUGGCUGAACUUGAAAAGACAGGUUUCACUAUCAAGGAAGUAGAAGACAAAAGAAGGCUGUUCUAUGGCAUCAGGGCUCACAGCAGGAUCUUCAACCAGUACAGGGAGCUGCUGAAGGACACCGACUGCUCCUCCCCUGGCGCCCUGCCUGAGGGGCCUGUGCCCACUACCACUCGAAUUCGCAUCGUUAACUUCAUCCUGAGGAAGAAGGAGGUGGAUGGUGAGAAGUUUGAUGAUCUGGUGAAGGACCAUGUGUUUGAGACCAUGUUUCCCCUCCACGAGAGGGCAGAAUUUCUGCGGAAUAACUGGGCCCAGUGGAGAGACAUUUUCUACAAGCAGCCAAUUGACACGAUUAGAAACUACUUUGGGGAGAAGGUGGCCUUGUACUUUGCUUGGCUGGGCUGGUAUACCGUGAUGCUGGUGCCCGCGGCCAUCACUGGCGUUCUCCUCUUCCUCAGCAGCUUCUCUCUCUUUCACGCCAGCCAGAUCAGCAAAGAGAUCUGUGAGGCCAAUGAAACUAUCAUGUGCCCACUCCAAGACCAUCAGCACAAAUACUGGAGACUGUCAGAGACCUGCACCUUUGCCAAGCUCACGCACCUCUUUGACAAUGAGGGCACGGUGUUCUUUGCCAUCUUCAUGGCACUGUGGGCCACUGUGUUUCUGGAGUUCUGGAAGAGGGAACGGGCACGGACCGCCGCCAGCUGGAAACUCUAUGGGUGGGACGAGGACCAGGAGGAGCUUGCCAUGGAACUGCUCAAUAACCCCGCCUAUGAAUUACAGAAGCACCAGCAUUCCUACCUGCGCAGUAGUGCCAUCCUCAUCUUUUCCCUGGUCUUGAUCUGCUUGCUGAUUGGCAUGGCCCACGUCCUGGUUCUCUAUCGGGUCAUGGUCACCUUCUUCUUCAGCCACUCAGCUUUGCCUUUCCUGGAGCAGCGGCUGACCACGGCGGUAGUGAUCACUGGAGCCCUGGUGCAUUACAUAAUCAUUGUGGUCAUGACCAAGGUAAACAAGAAGGUAGCCUUGAAACUUUGUGACUUUGAGAAACCUCGGACAUUCUCGGAGCGAGAAAGAAAGUUCACCAUCAAGUUCUUCAUAUUCCAGCUCUUCACCCAUUUCUCGUCCCUCGUCUACACUGCCUUCUUCCUGGGCAGGAUAAACGGGCACCCGGGAAAUCAAGUCAAGAUUGGUGGUCAGUGGAGGCUGGAAGAGUGCCACCCCAGUGGCUGCAUGAUGGAUUUGUUUGUGCAAAUGGCCAUUAUCAUGGGCCUAAAACAGACCGUCAGCAACUGUGUGGAGUACCUGAGCCCGUGGCUGACUUAUCGCAUCCGGAAGCUGAGAGAGUGGCCCCAGGGAAGGAGGCUGCAUGAUCCAAAUCUGGAGGAAUGGCUGAAAAACUAUUCCCUGAAUGAAGUUAACAUUUUCAGCCUGUUUGACGAGUUCAUGGACAUGAUGGUCCAAUAUGGUUUCACCACCAUCUUCGUGGCUGCCUUCCCCCUGGCCCCACUCUUGGCGUUUUUUAGCAACCUCAUUGAGAUCCGUCUGGAUGCCAUCAAGAUGGUGAGACUGCAGCGGCGCCUGGUACCCCGGAAGGCAAAUGACAUUGGGACCUGGCUGCAGGUGCUUGAGGCCAUCGGGGUGCUGGCAGUCAUCACCAAUGGGAUGAUCAUUGCUUUCACGUCUGAAUUCAUUCCCCGUCUUAUGUACAAGUACUACUAUGGGCCAUGUAGCCGGGGAAGCAACGUCACAGCUGACUGUAUGACCGGCUAUGUCAACCACAGCCUUUCUGUUUUCCGCACCAAGGACUACAAGGACCGCAUCCCAAGCCAAAGAACAGAACAUGUGACUGAGUGCAGGUACCGGGAUUACCGGAACAAGGUGGAUUACAGCUACUCCAGUGAGUUCUGGUUCCUGCUCGCGUCCAGGCUAGCCUUUGUCAUUCUCUUUGAGCAUGUGGCAUUGUGCGGCAAGAUCAUCGCUGCCUGGUUUGUCCCUGACAUCCCCCAGUCUGUGAAAAACAGAGUCCUUGAGGAAAAAUUUGAGAAUCUGUGUAAGAAACUACGCCUCAGCUCCAGGGUCACUGAUGUGUAGAGAGGCUGGAAGGAGCAGAAACACCUAAGGUGGCCCAAAGCAGCCUCUGUCCAGCCUGGAUGCUGUAUGACCUCUGAGCCCCCAGGGCUCCAGCGAUUUCCUCUGCAUCCUCUCUGCCCCUGGGGUACUGGGAGAUGGGGUAGCAGUAUUGGAAGGAUAGGGGAGCCCUCUGUGUGUCCCUCCUUCCUUUGUGAACAAGCCCUUAGCCCGUCAACCUGGUCCCUGGAUCUGAUCAGGAGCACCUGAAUGGAAUUUCUGCCCAGCUACACACUCUUUCAGACCCAAACUUCAGGGCUGCCCUUUGUCCAGACAGCCUGUCUUCCCUGGAAGGACUGAGGCAGGGCUGGGUGAAUCUUCCUAUAUAUUGCCUCAGUGGGUAAUAAAAUGAUUUUUUAAGUGUG